CAGCGUGUGAUGUCGGGCCACAGCCCAUUUCCCCCCCUGACUUUCGAGACGUUUCCUCUCGGUUUCCUUCAAAUAUCCAUCUGUACAUUCAUACAGCCAAGAUUAUUGUUAAAAUGCGACAUCUGCUUCUUCUUGUUGUUCUUUGUGUGGGCGUGCUGCACCAAACCUCAGAUGCCGUACUCAUGGACAAGCUAGCAGACAACAAGAUUUGUGGUGACGCAGAGUGUUCAUAUGUUCUCUCCAUGGCCUCGGCCUUGGAUGACUUCAUAGCUCCGGACUGCAGAUUCAUCAACCUCAAGAAGGGUCAGAAGGUUUACGUGUAUUCUAAACUGGUGCCAGAGGAGGGCAGUGGAGUCUUCUGGUCUGGAAGUGUGUACAGUGACCGCUAUGUGGACCAGAUGGGCAUCAUCGGAUACUUUCCGGCCCCUGUGGUGAAGGAGACGCACACAUUUAGAGAGGACACGGUCCAGAUGCCUACAACAAACACGGAUUUCAUCUGCACAUAAACGUAGCGUGUGUACUCGAUGUUGCUUCUCAUUUAUCACUCUGCUCAAUAAACCGUUUCCCCGUGUCGAUCUCAAAAACAACUCGGCUUCUUUCAACAGACUCUGGAGACGGAUAAUUGCAGCCUGUCAUUUCCAACUGUCCAUGAUCUUCAACUGUCAUGGUAGUGUCAAAAUUCUUAGCAUAUGAAUUGAUCUUCAUGCAACACAUAGAAUUAUGUUUGCUUCCAGAGUAGUAGCAAACAUGCACACCAGCAUUUUAUGAGAUUGUUGAAUAUUCCAUAUCUCCCUCACACACAGUGACUAGACUACGUGAUUGGAGCUAUUAAGGCUGGAUGGAUGAUCUGCUUUGAUGGCUGUCAUUAAGAUCAUUGCACAUCCUUUCCACGUGGGAACUAAACAGAUGUCUGCCAGUGCAGAAUGGAAAGCUAUAGAAAGACUGAUUGGUUUAACUUCAGAGCUGCUAUCUGACAGAUUGAUUUGAAGCGACAACACAAACUUUUAAUUCAGUUAUUUCAUUUAUCACUUUGAAUUAGCACGCAUUAGUUCCAGUCAAUACAAAUUUGCUAAACAUGUUGACAUUUACCACACAAACAAAAAAAAAAACCCGGAUCAGCCUUCAGAAAAGCAGCCAAGUGAUUAAAAACAAACAGCAGUACGUACAGUCAUACAAUUGUUACUUUAAAGAGUUUCCAUGGUGACGGGAUAAAAUUAGUUUUUUUUUUUGGGGGGGGGGGAUGCUUCAAGGAGCAGCUGCCAAAAGCAGACAUACGCACAGAGCGGAGUACACAAGCUAUUUUUUUUCUAUUUCAUCUACUUUUUCCAUUGCCUUGUCACAGCCCACACUCUUGCAGACAGGAAGCCCCUUGGCACCCUGCAGUGUUGGAAAUCAGCAAACACCUCGGAGCAUCUGAGAUUGACAAUUUAGAAGAGGGAAAUUAUCGUUCAGCGGCUGAUUUAUUGGUUGCUUGUAAGCACAAUCAAAUGAAUUUAAAGAAGAACUACUGUUUGUGUUUUGGUCCACCACCAUUCAAAGUCAUAAAAAGACAUUCUGAGACUUUU